GGGGGCUGCUUGGGCGUACGGGCUGGGAGGGGGAAGGGAGUUAGGAGCGCCACCUUCUUCUUCCUCCCGGAGGUCCGUGGCUUCUGCCUCUGCUCGCCUCCGGUCGCUCUCUGGCUCUUCGAGGGAUCGCCAAGCACGGGGGACCAUGGCUUUCAUCCGCAAGAAGCCCCGGGAGCAAUAGCUGCUGCUUUACUCCGAGAGGGAUGCAAAAUACGCAUAGUACAGAAGCAGCUCAAUAUAGUUCCCACCGUCAGAUGGCAGCCAUGAGACCAAGGCUUCAGCCUGCAGAUACUAGGCUGCCAGCAAUGAUACAGCAUGGUCAGCUGACUACCAUUAACCAAUCACAGCUCAGUGCACAGCUUGAUGUGAAUAUGGUGAGAAACAAUGUUUCCCAUAACUUAGCAUCACCACCUGGAAGCAAGUCUGCAACUCCAUUGCCAUCCAGCUCAGUCCAUGAAGAUGACGGAAUUAAUACCACUAAGAUAAACGGUGGAGAGAAACGGCUUGCUUCUAGUAUGGGAAACAAACCAAAAAGUCACAAAAAGAAGAAGAAGGAUCCUAAUGAGCCUGAGAAGCCGGUAUCGUCCUAUGCAUUAUUCUUCCGAGAUACCCAGGCAGCCAUCAAAGGCCAAAAUCCAAAUGCUACUUUUGGUGAAGUCUCUAAAAUUGUGGCCUCAAUGUGGGAUGGUUUAGGAGAGGAGCAGAAACAGGUCUACAAAAGAAAAACUGAAGCAGCAAAGACAGAAUAUCUGAAGCAGCUAGCUGCAUACAGAACAAGCCUCAAAUCCAAGAGUUACAGCGAACCUGUUAAUAUUGAAAUAUCCCAGCCUCCUCAGCGGAUUAAGUGUAAAAAGUCAGUGUUCCAUGGGUCCACCCAAGCUCAUUCAGCCCUCUCCCCAACUUGCCCCUCUCACCAACAGCCAAGAAUGAAGCCUCAAGUAACUGCUAUGCACCCUAUUCUUCCCCGGAACAUAGCACCAAAACCUGAUAAUCAAAUGCCAGUGAUUGUCUCUAUAGCCAAUGUGGCAGUAUCUCCUCAGAUUGUGGAAAUGAAAACUGAUAUCCCACUUUACUUUGUCAAUUUAUUAUGUAUUAACGAUCAAUCCACUAUGUAUUUUUUGGCCCCCUCAUUAUGCGAGUUUCAGCACUCUUAAGCCUGUAACUUCAGUUCUCUACUCUACCUUUGUAACUCAUAUCCUGCAAGUUCCCUGGCAAUAGAAACAACUUCAGGUGCCUUUUCUACAUUCAUCUUUUUACAGGGCUUAUUAGGAACCACAAGAUUCCUAAUCUAUUGAAAUCAGUAACAUACAAACCACAAGCCUCCUGUUCCCCUUAGAAAUUGGCCAAUUGUUGGAGUUUCCAGGGGAUGUGUCAAUCUGGUGAUUUGCCCACCACAAGACUCUCCAUAGGGCGUGAAUCAUAAGAUGUUGGUCCGGCUGGUAAGGAAACUGAUUUAAGCAUCACAAUUUAAGCAGCACAAUGCCUGACUCUUGACACUAGCCAGUCAAAAUUCAUUCUCCAUCUUUGAAGUCCCAUGUUAUUUCUGUCUCCUAUAUAUUGUUUGAAUUUUUGGAUACUCCCCUCAACUAUAAAAGAGCUGCUCUGUCAGUUUGUUCCAUGGCUAUUGAGGAGCUUUGGAUCCCUUUUGUUGGCAAUAGCUAGCUUUGCUAAUAAAUUGAUUAUGCUUGAA